GAUCAGGACACCAGCUGAACAUCAUGUUUUGCUGUUGCAUAUUUUUGGCUGUUUCUUUGUUGCAUUCUCUGUGUCACUUCCAUGUGUCAGGCUACGAUCCUAGCUGCACAGAGUAUCCUGUGUUCACUCCAUCUGCGCUGGUAGUGAAGUACGGUGACCCAGCCAAUGUUACAUGUGUUGUAUGUCAGAAGGACUGCAGUGGAGAUGCUUCAGGUUUGGAGCACGCUGUGGGAAAUGUUACACAAAAUGGAACCACGAUGUUCUGGACGGUUGACAGACUGACUGACUGGGAAUUAUCUCUACUGUGCUAUUAUACCAAUGAUGCUGGCGAUCAGUGUACUAGCAUUCUGAAUCCAACUCUUUAUCAGCCUCCAGAAAGUGUCUCCAUCAGCUUUGUAAACCACACUGAGAUGAUGUUUGAGAAUCAGCAGUACACCCUGCAGUGUAGCGUACAGAACGUAGCUCCUGUUCAAAGCCUCACUGUGACCUUCUACAGAGGAAACACAGCACUGGGUCACCUACAGUCCGACAGUGAACAGAAGAAACCAGUGAAUGAGACCUUCACUCUGAACAUCACCCCCAGUAGAGAAGAUAAUGGGGCCCAGUACUGGUGUGAAGCCAAGCUGGAGCUGGGACCAGCUGGACCACAGCCCCCUCCAGUGGUGACAUCAGAAAAGCUCCCUGCUAUAGUUCACUAUGGGCCUGAGCUCAAUGAGCCACCAAAUCCAGAUGUGAUCACAAUCACGGAAGGAGACACUCUACACCUGAACUGCUCCUCUGUGGGAAACCCCAGCCCCUCAUACACCUGGACACUCCCACUAAAUAGCGCUCCUUCCUACAGUGGCAGCGUUCUCACUAUUAAAUCUGUUGGGUUUGAGCAUGAAGGACAGCAUAUCUGCACUGCGAGCAACACUGUAGGGACUGUCACCAAGGAGUUUAACAUUGAUGUACAAGUCAGCUCCAUUCCAUACAUAAUACGUGGAACCUUACUGGGAGUUCUGGUCCUUGUCGGUCUGUCACUGGGAUGCUACUGUAAACGCAAGCAAAGGGGAAACUACAAACUCAGUAAAAUUAUUGUUAUUGACAGCUGA